ACACCAAACCUUCUCUGGCUCUCUGACCUCGGUGAGAUUGCAGCUAGUCUGGGGAACUGGGAGAGACAUGGAGAAAGAGACUGGGGACCCCUGGCUGGAGCAGACCAACAGAAUAGGCACCUAUGGCUGGCGAACCGGGUAUCAGAAUAAUGUUUGACCUCGGGAAACAUCACAGAACUGCCUGUCGACAUUCACUAGGUAGAAGGUUCAUCAGCUGGGAAGAACCGGCGCCUGGGUAAAUCUGGCUGGAUAGGUAUGGGGGAUCGCGGCCAGGCCCCUAGUCCCUGGUUCCCCCACGGCGGUCCCCCAACUCUAAGCACCCUCACUCUACUGCUGCUCCUCUGUGGACAGGCUCACUCCCAGUGCAAGAUCCUCCGCUGCAAUGCCGAAUACGUCUCGUCCACUCUGAACCUUCGGGAAGGGGGCUCACCGGGCACGGCGCGCGGAGGCGGCCGUGGUGGGGUGUCAGGUGGCUUGUGUCGUGCCCUGCGCUCCUAUGCACUCUGCACUCGGCGCACGGCCCGCACCUGCCGCGGGGACCUCGCCUUCCACUCCGCUGUGCACGGCAUCGAGGACCUGAUGAUCCAGCACAAUUGUUCCCGCCAGGGCCCCACGGCCCCGCCCCCGGCCCGGGGCCCCGCCCUUCCCGGAGCCGGCCCUGUCCCUCCGGCCCCGGACCCCUGUGACUACGAGGCCCGGUUUUUCCGGCUGCACGGUCGGGCCCCGGGCUUCUUGCAUUGCGCCUCCUUCGGGGAUCCCCAUGUGCGCAGCUUCCACCACCACUUUCACACGUGCCGUGUCCAAGGAGCUUGGCCCUUGCUGGAUAACGACUUCCUUUUUGUCCAGGCCACCAGUUCCCCCGUGGCAUCAGGGGCCAACGCUACCACCACCCGGAAGAUCACCAUCAUAUUUAAGAACAUGCAGGAAUGCAUUGACCAGAAAGUCUACCAGGCCGAGGUGGAUAAUCUUCCUGCUGCUUUUGAAGAUGGUUCUAUCAAUGGCGGCGACCGACCUGGGGGUUCGAGCUUGUCCGUUCAAACUGCUAACCCUGGGAGCCACGUGGAGAUCCGAGCCGCCUACAUCGGGACAACUAUAAUCAUUCGACAGACAGCUGGACAGCUCUCCUUCUCCAUCAGGGUAGCCGAGGACGUGGCACGGGCCUUCUCGGCUGAGCAGGACCUCCAGCUGUGUGUUGGCGGAUGCCCUCCGAGUCAACGACUCUCUCGCUCAGAGCGCAAUCGCCGCGGGGCUAUAGCCGUAGAUACUGCCAGAAGGCUGUGUAAGGAAGGGCUUCCCGUUGAAGAUGCCUACUUCCAAUCCUGUGUCUUUGAUGUUUCAGUCUCUGGUGACCCCAACUUUACUGUGGCAGCCCAGACAGCUCUGGACGAUGCCCGAGUCUUCUUGGCAGAUUUAGAGAAAUUGCACCUUUUCCCCUCAGAUGCGGGGCCUCCUCUCAUCCCAGCAACCGUCCUUGUACCGCUUCUUUCAGGCCUCUUUGUUCUGUGGCUUUGCAUUCCGUAAGUAGGCCAGCAACCCCGUGACUAGUUUGGAAACGAUUUGAGGGUAGAGGUUGGUGUGACAAAACACAAAGAUGCGCCAAAGAAAACAGUGAGGAUAGGAAGCUACAGAAGACAAUGACAUUCACCCAGAAUCAGAUGAGGCUGCGGUCCAGGACUCAAAUGAUCCCAGAGUAAGGAUUCUGGACCAGAGCUUUGCAUUGCGGUCGUUGGUAGGGGUUCUUCGCUGUGAAUUAAUUUCCCCAGUCCCGUUUGUAGUAGGCCGAUUACUUCACUCCACAUACUGACAUCACUCCUACACACCUAGGGGUUGUGAGAGUGCUAAUGACCAGCAAAACAUUAAAGCAUUGAGAUGUCUUAAGGGCAAGAACUAAAAAAAAA